AAGAAUGCGAAUCUACCUUUCAAAUCGAAAACCAUAAUUCAGAUAUCACUUUACAAAAGAAUACUAACAUUUCUCAAUCACCUGUUUCAAUUAUUGAAACCCACCCCAAUGAAGAAAACAGCACAGGCUCUAUAGAUCCAAAACAGGUACAAAGCACUAUUUCUUCCGAAUCAGGUCUCGACAAUAUCUCUAAACAGAGUUCACAGGAAAGUGUAUCAAACAAACCUUGGGAG